ACAAUAUGGCGGCACAUUGGACUCCCCUUCGCUCCAAAGCAUCACGGGCAGUGAGGCAGUUCACAUCUUUGGGGAAGACGCCAUUUUCUGUCUGUUUGCAUGAGAAAUGGCGGCGUGUCAGGGGUCGUUGCGUGAUUUGGAGGCGCACCCCGGCGGGUCGUUGCAAACUGCGGGAGGACUCAAGUCGACCUGUACGAAAAGUGAAGUAGGUGAUGGGGCUGAAGCUGUCCCGGACCCUGAACAAGUGGUGAACGGUUGGACACUGGAGUUUAACUUGCACUGCGCGCUCAAAGCAUUCCGAGCUGGGAAGUAUGAGGAGUUUUGCGCCAUUCUCAAUGUGAUAACGGGUGAGAUGCGAGAUCGAUUUGUAGAUACUGGAUUAACGAUUAGGAACACUUAAAUUAUCCAAAGCAUUGUCAGGAUGCACGGAAAAGCUGUCUUAAAUCGACCAUACAUCGAUGCAGAGGAGAUUGGAAAGAAACUUCUAACCAUACAAUUUCUGUCCAAAUUUGAGAGCGAUGUCAUGCCACUGGAAUCUGUUUUGACAAUUCUGGGCCAGAUGAAGGCAGAGUUCUCGCUGAGCGAGGAUUUUUUCCAGGAGAUCAGAGGAGCUGUGGUGGAACAGGCUGUGGUUGAAUCUAUUAAGAAUAACAGUUUUCAAGAAGCUUCUAAAAUCUUGGAACAGCAUCUCAAAAAGGACGCUAUUGACCAGAAAUUGCUUUCAGCAAUUAGAGAGAAGAACUCAUCCCAUCUUGACCUGAAUCUAUUUUCAUACAGCAAUUUGAAAAGGAAAAUGCUGCUUUUUGCAGAAAGCUUAAUUGACAACUCGGAGCCAUUUCUUCUUCUCAGUGCAAAACACUUCGCUUCAAGAUCUGUAGCAGAAAUGCAAGAUGAGGAACUGAGAAUGGACUGUAAUCAAGAGGUGUAUCAGGAGAGGCAGGCAUCAGAUUGUAAUAAAUGCUCAUCAGAUCCAAUGGAUAAAUGUCGUAUAUGUUCUAAAAGAGUGGAAGCUCAGCCUGGCCUUCUUAGCAGCUUUGUGGCCUUACAAACCGCAUUCUGCAUUCUCCAUAAAUUAAAAGUGGAUCCAUUGACAUCUUUUAAAGAGAUAGAUGUUUUGGAUUUUGAAUUGCUUGGAAACAGCAAAUCACAACAAAUGACAAGAUACAAGAAACAGAGGGCUGAGGCAAAUGCUAUUCAACAGUCUGAUGAGCCAGCUGCAAAAUGCAUACAGGCUGUUUCUCGGUUUAUUAUAGAUCCAGACAGUCAGGAUGAGAGAGAGCAUCUUGAUACUGUAGCCAAGUCUGAAAGCGCUCAGGAAUUUCAACAAAAUAGAGUGAAACCCAUACAGCCACGGAAAAGAGAUGGCCCUUUGAAAGAAAUUCCACAUAAAGAGUUGCAACAUGUCAAGAGGCGUAACUGCUUGAAUGAUCCUGGAGUCAUUGAGGACAAGGAAAAGUGGAGUGAUGAAGAAUUUCUUUUUGAUGUACCCCAAGACAUUGCCAUCCGAAAUGGAAGAACUUCACCGACAGGAAGUAAUUUUUCAUUCUCAUCUAAACGGCAGAAAUGGACAGUUGAAGAAAGUGAAUGGAUUAAACGGGGUGUACAAAAGUUUGGACCAGGAAAUUGGGGGAAGAUCCUGAAACACUACCCAUUUUGUAAUCGCACAAGUGUCAUGAUUAAAGAUCGUUGGAGGACAAUGCAAAAGCUUGGAAUGACUUAAGACAAUAAUGACUUUUUUAAACAGUUGCACUGAUAACCAAUAUAUGUUUGAUAUUUCAUAUAUGGCAAUGUACUAUCGGAGAGAACUGAAUCUUUUUGUAUUUUGCAUUAGAUUGCAUUGAAAACCAAGCCCUUGGAAGCUUGAAUGGUCAUGUGGAAGGUAUGCAUGUAGGUGAACAUGCAUGCAAGCAGUUUGAUCCAUGUGCCUGUUUUGUAUGAAUUUGUACCAAUUAAGGAAAAAUGAGACUUUAGCCAUUUUUAUCCUUUCCAGUGAAAUACUUAGUCCUUGACCUUUUGUUUCUGUUAAAUUUGUGAACUGUGUUCAUUUUAACUUAUGUUCAACAUGCAACUGUGCAGUGUUCUGACAUGUUAAGAAUAAUUAUAAACCAAUAAAAGUGCAGAAUUCCCCCUCUGA